UCACAUGACCCGCGCCACUGUACUCCGGUGUAGGCCAUAUUUGACAGUGGCCCACUAGUUUAGCGACGUGAGUGACGUGAAGAUCGUUCUACGUUCGACGAUCCGUGCGACCGCCGAUUGGCAACCUGUAAAUACACCCGCGAUCAACUCCGACUGACCGAGAGAUCCAGCAAAUCAAGCCACAAUGAGUUCAGAAGAAGCCCCGAUAUACUCGCCGUUCUUCGGCGUUAUGGGCGCCGCCUCUGCCAUCAUAUUUUCCUCUCUGGGAGCAGCGUAUGGCACAGCGAAGGCCGGUACAGGAAUCGCAGCCAUGUCUGUCAUGAGGCCAGAAUUAAUCAUGAAAUCCAUCAUUCCUGUUGUCAUGGCAGGUAUCAUUGCCAUUUAUGGUCUUGUAGUGGCUGUUCUCAUUGCUGGCAAUCUUGAGAAAGUCCCAAAAUAUGACCUGUAUACGGGGUUCACCCAUCUGGGCGCCGGUUUGUCCGUAGGCUUUUCCGGUUUAGCUGCCGGAUUUGCCAUUGGUAUUGUCGGUGAUGCCGGUGUGAGAGGCACCGCUCAACAACCUCGUCUCUUCGUCGGCAUGAUUCUAAUUCUGAUCUUCGCCGAAGUAUUAGGUCUCUAUGGUUUGAUCGUCGCCAUCUAUCUAUACACCAAGUAAACGGUCAGUAAUGGCAUCCUACUACCUGCCACAUGGCUCCAUGCAAGACAUGUCGCCUGUAACCAACAGCGCUCCCCGACUACUAUUAUGCUAAAAAGAAAAAAGAAAAUUUGUUUCGACAUUUUACUUAAUCACGUUACUCCAUGCAUACCUAUCUACUUCUUACCAUCUCGAUUCAUCUCUUUACGCGUUUCUCUUUCACUGUAAUAUCGUAAAACUCAAAAAUCGAUCUACAAUAUUUAGCGUCCAAACAUUUGUAACCACACGCCAUUACCCAUCACACAAAUCGUAUAAUUAUAUCGACGAUCGAGAAAUGCGCCCGACAUUCUAUUGAUAUUUCGCGAUGCAUAUUGAUGCGUGAGGAUGCAUUUCGACGCUACGGUAUGCGAAUGUAUAGCAAAAAAAGAUGGAAAGAAAAUGGAAAACAACGGCCGACAGGGAAAUAUAUAUUACACAUAUAUGUAGAGAGAAGAUUUCCCAUGUUAAUUCUACUGUCGAACAUUUCUCUUUCACUGUAUAGUAAUCAUCAUUUAUAGCUUAGUGCGACAUUGAAUUACCAGUUAAAGUAAUCGGCUCUACUUGAGUGUAUAAAAGAAACCAUGUUAUUGAUAAAAGAAUAUUUAGCACAAUUAUAUAUAUAAAUAAUAUAUAUAUAUAUAUAUAUAUAUAUAUAAAUAAUAUAUAUAUAUAUAUUAAAUGCGAUCGCGAAACGGCAGGUACGCGAAUAAGUAUCACGUAAGUGAACAAAAAAAAGGAAAAAAACUCUAAAGAAAUAAAAUUAUAUUAUUGGGAUAGGAAUAUAUAAGUGUAGGCGAAUCGCGCGUGAUAAAACGGCGUAAUAUAACAAAGAGAGAGAGAGAGAGAGAGAAAGAGGGAGUGAGAGAGUGAAAUUGUACCGGACAAGAUCUCGUAUGGACGAAGAUUGUUCAGCUGAAAAAAUUAGUAGAAGAAUGAUGGAUGAAACUUUAGUAAAAAAGAAGUGUGAAUGCAAAUAGUAGUUGAUCAACAGGUACACACGAUAGUAUUAAGUCAAUUGAGAGGCUGCUGGAUGCGGUGAAAUUUUCGCAUUUUCACGGUUAUUCAUGGACAACGAUACGAUCGGUGCGAUAAAGGCAAGAGAAAAGUCCCGUCUAAUCGUCUACGGAAGCCGCAAAGGCCAGCGGUCGACAUUCGAUUAGAUGUGUGAUUUUUUUUAUCCGGUCCACUAUACACAUAUAUAUUAUUUCCAUCAUUACGAGAGGAAAGAAACAUCGUAUGUCGAUGGAGUAACGGGGAUGUGAAAAAGCUUGCGUGAAAUCGUAUAAAAACACCGUACGUUUACCAGUAGACACAUCAUACACACAACAUAUAUACACAAAGAGAGACAAACACAUCGUAUGAUGGCGAGGAAUCACCUAAGGAGAGAGGAGUUUAUUAUAUACACAAUAAUAACGAGAGACAUGUGUAAACGGAGGAUAAUUCGUACAUUCCAUAUUAAGUUCGUUCAAUGCAGGCGAGCGGGCGUUUAAAAGGAAAAAAAAAGAAAUAAAAUUUACACAAUUCGCUACGUCAACAUUCGUCGUCGUGUUGGAUGGAUUAUCGAUUGGCAGCUGAUGAUCGCAUCCCUCAUACAUGUCAUGAUUUUUCGUGCUCUCCCUGAAAAAUUUUGUUUACAGAAACGAAGGAUAUAGACGGACAGAAAAGAAGAGAGCGAAACCUGUAGAAAACGUCCGCUUGCCAUUUUUUCGACUGUGCAGUAUUUUCUAAGAGAAACAAGCUUAAUGUAUAGGCGCAUUUCCGGCAAGAAAAGGGACGCGAGAUGUCAUCGAGGAAGUUGGAUUGAUAAAGUUUGAAGAAACGGCAUGCGAAUCGAAGAAAGGAUUUAAUAAUGCUGUUCUCGCCUUGAAAAUGCAUCUGUAUAUAUAUGUUUCAAGAUUACCGGAACACACAAUAGACUCGACAUUAUCGUCGAGGAAGAACGAGACGACAAGAUGCAGAAGAAAAGUUACGAUUUUCCGGAAACUCGCGCGUACAUAAUCAACGCGUCACUAUAAAAGGAAAAAUAAUGCACGAGCGAGCCGGGGAGCGGUGGUGGUGGUUUGUUUAUCUUUCCUUUUUUUUUUAACGUCACUUCGCUUCACGAACAAAAUGCAGGCACAUUUAAAAAAAAAACCGAUUUUAAUCGCCAAAUUAUCUUUCUUUCCCCCUGCAUCUUUCCCCAUUUUUCCUGUAUUUUAAUAUGUAACACAUUGAAACACACAAAAACGAUUAUAUAUCGAGGUAAAAACAAAUCUGGAAUUUAAUUAUAGUUAUGCGCGCGCGCGUGUGAUGUAUAUACACACCACCACGAUGCUUCACGCUAUGAUAAUUAAAAUUUAGGCUAGAUUAGGGUUAGGUAUUGUUGUAUACCAAAACCUUGUGUAGCUGAGUGUGAACGAUAAUUAUUCUUAUUCAAAUAUAUAUAUAUAUAUAUAUAUAAUGAAAGGAUGCGUAUAUGUAUGAGCGAACGAGAGAGUGAAAGAAAGAAUGAUUGAAAGAAUAUAUAAGAAUGAAAGAUAGAUGCACUUGGCAGAGGGAGUAGAGAGAGAGAGAGAGAGAGAGAGAGAGAGAGACCACCACCCCAUUCCCGCUCUCGCCCAACCCCCAACCCCCAAUUCUAUUAUCUUCCAGUGUUACUAAUAGACUCAUUGUUGAGCGCGAAAAAGUGAUACUGAUCGACGAUGAUUAUUUAUGUUAUAAUUCGUCCUCGAUGUUACAGAGAAACCGUGUUUAAUAAAAAUUUCAUUUGGACAAAAAAAACAAAAGCGGUAUCACUCAACCAGUUAUCGAAAAUUUCACCUGUAGUCUGUCUAGUCCAAAGAGUGAGCGGCUCAGAUUCCAAUCGACUAGAUUCUUCCGAAGCAAAUAAAGAAAAAAAAUCGAAGGAUCUCGAAGCAAAAAUUUGUCAUUUACGCUCUCGCUAAUAAUUUUCAUGUCAAUAUUAUUUGUCGAGGAGAGAUUAGAAGAAUCUGUCAUCGGAAUUCCAAUCCGCUUAUUCCGGAAUACUCUGUACGUAAAGUACAUACAAGUAUAAAUCUGACAGCCGAAUAUACUAUAUGCAUGAAUUUGAGAUAUCCAUUUUUAUCACUGCCAUUUAAUCGAAACCAAAGGGAAGGAUAGAUGCACACUUACUCCACAUUCAGCACACAAAUAUACCGGCACACGCAUAUAUUUUGCUGUGACUUUGCGAUAUAUUUUAAUAGCAUCAUACUCUUCGUGCAACAAAACGUGUAGCGCAAACGCUUUGUGUUUAUUCGCGGGGAGAUCAAUCCGGAAAGAACUUACAAAAAUACUUUAAUGCGAACACGUGAGAUGUUAAUUAUAUUUCACGAUGUCUUAAUUUUGACUUUCCGAAAAUAAUAAUAAAAUGUGAACUUGUCCAUUCGAA